AUGAGGAUCGGUCCAGCCGUCGGCACAUGGAAUCGCCUUUGUCACCAGGACCUCCGGCUGGUCUCGCCUCCGGACGAGGACAUAGUCCAGCAGGUGCCAUUGGCGCAACCGAGGAUGCAUCCAAGUGGCCUUCUUUCCCAUCGGCGGGCGGAAGAAGGCGUUUGUCAGGAUGAGUCUGUGUUCUGCGCAGGUUCGUAGAAUGAGCAGGACCCAGCACUUAUUUCCAGACACCAUAGUCUGUGCUGACGCUGGCAAUGAAGUCACCAAGAACAACCAAUUUAUCCGUCUUCGGCACGGUCGCCAGGAGUGCGUGCAGGUCUACGUGGAAUGUGUCCCUUGCCGCGUCGAGGCCGGUCAUCGGCAGAGCGUAGGCGCUGAUUAUGGUGGCGAAUUUGUCCCCCCCCCGAGAGGCCUGACGGAGACUCGUCAGGAAAUUGUUUAUGCUAUGCGGCGCACAGAUACCUGGGAAGUACGCAGAUUCUUGUAGAAGUUGUCUCUUUCGGCGUCAAGUCCGUUCAUCGAGGAGCGAAGACGUUGAUAAUGGUGGCGAAUUUAACUCCCCGAAGAGGCGGACGGAGGCGCAUAACGUAAUCGUUUAUGUCCCGUGGCAGACAGGACAGUCCUCCUCCCCACGAUGUCAUUCCGAAUGGCAAAGGCGACACACGCGUCUCGUCGUUUUUCCUUGUGUCGACCGCUCCAGAAGUAGAUGUGGCAACGAUCGGAUGAAGGCUCCCAAAUAAACGGCGCCAGUCAAAGGUGCCUGUCUUACAGGAAAGAUGGUAAUAUGGCUUUUACAUGAGGAGGCCUAUGUAUGCUUAUGCGUCGCAGGCACUGAACUCUAGUUAAUCUUGUUCGGAUAAACGGGUCUCGCCGAUUGCAAAGAUGUCCACCUUAUAGCGAUACACUUUCUGCACAUUCAGUAGAAAAUGACGUCUUCUUCCAAUUUUUUAUUUGAAGGAAGGGUAUAAUUUGGUUUUUUAGAACUUUUCCAAUUCCGGAAUAAUUUUGAACCCCACCUGCCGUUACACUUGCAUUCAUGGUUCCCAAUCCACAAGCCUUAUAUUUUCCGCGUACGGAAAACCAUACUUUCCUCUACGGUAUUAAGAGGAGACUAUAUGGGGUUCAUAAAAUUAAUCAGUAGUUUUGAGUCACAUUGUUAACUUUACAAGCCACGUUGGUAAAUCCAGAGACAUGACGUUUCAUGGAGAACCAUUUCACGGGCAUUGAAAAACCUCACAAUUAAAAACUAUUUAAAAGCGAAAUUAUACCCUUCCAUAGAGUAUAAAAUUAGAAAAAGACAUAAUUUUCUACCGAAUGAGCAGAAGAAUGAAUAUUUUCAUGCAUGUUUUCCAUGAGAUAUAAUUGAAUCUUUAGGGACACCGAAAAUCACUGAAAAAAAUGCAUGCUACAUAUGUAGUCAUUUUUUACAGAGCAUGGUUUUAGAUGCAGCCGGAAUGAAGUUUGUUCGAAAGACGGCGUCCUGCGGCAGCCGAAUUAUUAUACUGUACGAUGAUUGGUUCCCCAACCAUACUUAAUUAAUCCUUUUGAAACGGAAAAGAAUUUCGGAGUGUCUGUUGACAUUUCAUGAGUUCACCCACAUACUGUAGAGCCCCGCUGUCACAGCUCCAUCUGUGACAAUCUCGCGCAAGUCAGGAUUGCUUUAUGCGUAAUGCCUCUCAGUCGGUAGCUGAUUGGUUACCCGGUCUUUGCGGGGUGAUGGCGCAGACAAAUGGAGGGAUGCCUAUCAUCAUUCUGGGCCUAAAGGUUUGUUGCAGUCUGCUCUGCCAGGAUGAGUAAACCAUGACCCUCAAGGCCUGAUGUUCGAUGGCGGUUCUGCGGCACGUGUUUCCCUGACGGUAGAUGCACUCGUGCCGCAGCUGGGUAUACAAGUCGUGAGCAAGGCCGGCCAGAUGCGGUGCUGUUGUUGUUGCUGUUGUUGUUGGUCAAAACCCUGGUCAUAUAUUCGUUACGAACCAGCGGGUAUGCUGGUACACCUAGGUGCGAGCGCGGCCGUGUCAGCCACCUGCUCCCUCCCUCACCGUCGGUUUUCUUGACUAUGUCUUGGCACCGGGUCCAGGCGGAGCAGGAGGAGAGAGUGCGAUGGAUGCAGUGCAAGUCUACUGUCAUUGUAAAGGAAAUCAGGAACGGGUCACCCUUGAGCAGAUGAUAGACAUCGUCGGUCGGGUUGGAGGUGUGUCAAGCUGUGGGGUCAUGUGAUGGCCGCAGUAGGUCACUCACAGACUCGAAGGUGCUGACUACGCUUAGUGUUCAUUGACAGGCAUCCAACUCUCACGCGUGGCUUCCCGAAGCUAGCAGCCACAUCCUUGCAUACGCCUCAGCCGUCGGGCUAAACCAGGUGACGUUAUCCCUGUGUUUAUCUCCACACACGGUAAUUCUACCUCCCCACCAGCCAGGUCACGGGCGUGUGUUUCUGUGAUACGACAGAUUAUCUGUGUUGUCUCUACGACUAAGGAGUGGCACACCGAGGCACAUGUUCGGCCGCGGCAGCUACCUGCCUCCUUCCUCAACUCCUCGCAAUCGGUGGAAGAUGGCUGAUGACGGCUCUCCACCGGAAGCGAAAACGCGGGGAGGGGGAUUUGUAGAGCAUACACGAGAAGCGCGAUGGUCCAAAUCACGUAAUGCGGCCACUCAAAAAAAGACAUGGUAUGCGUCUGGACAUUUAAAUAAUACCGAAUUUGAAGGAAGACGGCUUGUGCAUGAUUUAGCCUGUGGCGAUAGCGGACUUGCAUAGCAUCAAUCUCACACGCUGCUCCUCUCCGCAAAAUUCUUAAAUGUGAAAAAUUCUCGACCUUACUGUCAGACUACUCAUCUCGGUGAUCCAUCCUUUCUUAUCGACUUCCCUAAGUACGCUGUCAUAAACCUGCUGAAGUUCGUUUCAGAAGCAGCCAAUCAGACGGUCAUCGGAGAUUUCAGCAUCCUUCAUCGUUCAUAUUACUUGCGCACUUGAAAACGCAUUGUACUUUGAAUAGAGAAAACCCCUGCGAGUAUUGCAUGCAGCCCUCAACCUAAUGCCAAUUUCGGACGUUUGGUGGAGCUAGCGAGCUGGCUUGAUUUCUCAUGUGCAUCUAAGCAGCUACAUUAGGACUUAACGACAGAUCAUCAAAGGCAACUUGAGUUAGCAGCUAGUGGGAAUACUUGCCGGGAACUUCUGUUUGCACUUCGACUUGUUACAUAAACAAAACUUGUUCCAAUUCUGAUUGGCUAGGUUGUUACCGCCGGUAGGCAUCCUUCAGCAUAUUUUGUAUCACUCAGAAUCCAAUAAAACCCCUGUAUAAAUCACGUGCGUUCCAUUUUGUGAACUAAGAAGAGGCUAUAUCGUGAUGACUGGAUGCGUGCGGUCUCAUCGUACGUGGAUCCUCGUUUUAGCAUUAAUAGGAAUAACGAGGAUACUCUGUCAUGUUUUCUUCACAAACGAAUGGGUAGCAAACGCUGUUGAAACAGUGAAAAUUCGAGUUUCAUUAGUAAUAUGCAAUCUUCGCUGGAUUAGUAGCAGUGAAAUGACACAGGACGGCACCUACGACCUGAGUGUCCGUUAUUGUGUAGAUUCGCACCUGCCAGUAACCAGAUACGACACACUUCCGCUCGAUCUAAUCAGCAGGACUGGUGGAGGUCGGAAUAUUACCUUUGCAGGGAUGGCCCAAGUAAACGAUACUGACUGGAAAAGGCCAAUUAAUCCGGACGCCUUCCUGCUAUAUCCGCAGGGUUUUGCUCUGUGUGACAUCAUUCGGAAUUACCGGGAGACUGGCUUAGUUCCAGAGGUAAGCACAGGUUCACUGUCAAAUUAAUGUUUGUUUUAUUGCCUCUAGAGUACCUAGUGCUAAUUGGGUCUGCAUCACAUUUCGUUACCUGGCACGCUGUUUUGGUCUUAAGUUCAAGCGCAUGUGGGAAUUGAAAGUACGAUAAGCCGAAGAGGGAUACUGAAACCUUUAGAGGGGAAAGUAGCCGAGGCUGAAACUGAGUAGGCAACCUGAUGCAUGAUAAAUUUGUCGCGAGAUUGAAGUAAACCCAGAAUUUCCGCAGAAGGCAGGAAUCAUGGGGCAACAAUACCCAUGGUCUCAAAAGAAAACCUAAUCCUCAAUUUAAUUAUAAACCUAACUCUAAGCCUAAUCCUAAACCUACCACAAACCGUUAAAAGCAGCACAAAACUUAACCUUAAAUUCAAUUCUCAGUCUUACACAAACCCAAACCCUAAAAUUAACCAUAACUUUAAACCGAAACAUCAGAUUGCUUUUUUCCGUUUUAGCUUUAGCUACUUUUCCACCCACGAUUUCAGCAUCCUUCUUCGCCUUAUUUUACUUUCAAUGAACGCACUGUGCACACACUUGGUACCAGGACAGCGUAACCGAUCAUUGUCUGUCCCCUGAAACGCAGAGUAGUCAACAUUGAUGUCCUUCACUCCUCGGUUUUUGUCUGUGACCUUGUUUGAUCUCUUGCACAGUCAGACGCUCUGCCCUCGUAUUGAUCCCCCAACUUCUCUCAAGACACCAGGCUUCAUAAUAUUUGUUUGAUAGGGACCGCAUCUCUCUCUCGCUUAGCCUUCGAUGCAGAGCGCAUAUCGAUCGUCUGCACGUGAGCACUUCUCACGAUUCCUUCCACUUUGAUCCAAUCAGCGAGAUGCGCUAUGCACAGCACUCUGUCGCACAAAUAACCCUGACGUCACAGCCAGUCGGAGAAGAUUGGGUUUUACUUGUCAAGGUCUAACUCCUCCCAUCUUAUGCGCUAUCGCCGUGCAGACCGGUAUUGAUGAAUUUCGUUGUUUUGUAUGCCGGAGCAUAUUCCCUUUGCUGUUGACAGCGCAAAACAGUAGAAGUAUGCAGUUCCUCAAGUUCAGUGUGCACACCUUAGUCAGCAGUUGACAAGCACCCAAAGAAAAUCUUAUGGCAAAUGCUAGGCCAGAAGAUGGUCAGCCGAUAAUUACUCAAUUCAGAAUUCAGGUAAAUAUUUAAGUAUUAGGAUCCAUGCAAAAUAUAUGCAUACGUUUCAGGACAGUUGGUUGAUUGAGAUUUUGAACUUUGGAAAUGCAAUUAACAUGACGAAACCCUUUGAUAACUGAUAGAAUUCUGGGCACUUAAGGAUUUUUCUUGUGAUUUCAACGACAUCGGGAUCUGACACCUUACAAAGAACACUUUCAGUAUCCUCAAUUUGCUUCCUUUUGUUUAAACUAAUGCGAUGACACAGAAUUCAUUCGAAGUAUACUUUGUGUUGUCUCCGCGGCAAAGUUGUUCUUUAUGCAUCCAAAACCCUCUUGUACGUUUGCAGCCUCCAGUCAACAGCCCCAGCAUGCGGUUUCUCUAAGUGAGCACUUCGGUUUGUCCACCAGAGCUAGAUGACGUCGCUGACAACAAAUACAACCACGACCUCGUCGUCAUUGUGAAAUCAGCCGUCUACAACUUUGAUGACAGACAAGCCUUUCGCAGAUUCUACGCCCACCUGAGAAAGGAGAACAGCGUUAAUCCACCCUAUCGCAUAGGAGUAGUGUUCGUGGUGGGCCUGCCCACAAGCACAAGCAGCAAUUCAUUCCAACGCGAUGGUUUCAACAUCUCACUGCCCGGUCGCGCCGGCAACUCGCUCGUCAACAUUGGAAACCGCCGCGCCCAGAUUCGAAGUCGCCUACAGCAGGAGAUGCGUGAACACGAUGAUCUCAUCGUGUGCGACUUCGAGGACACCUACUACAAUCUGUCUCUGAAGAUGCAUCACACAUUCGUGUGGGCGGCCAGGUUCUGUCGCGAACGUCCUGCCUUCAUGUUCCUCGACGACGACAUUGGUUUUAAUGAGAAGCGCCUGCAGGCUGUGCUGGCCACUCUGCCGGCUGAUUGGCGGCGCACGGUUUCAAUUUCGAGUACUCGCUGGAAUAGUAACACAGUGCGUCCCACGGACACUACGGCCGUCCGAAAAUGGGCACUGUCGAAACGGGAGAUUCCGUGGCCAGUGCAUGCGCCCUACAGCAAUGGAUACUUCUACAUGCUUGGUUACGAUCACGUGGCGGAUCUGGCUUUGGCUAUGUUCUACACCAAGCGCAUUCCCAUUGACGAUGCGUGGUUGGGUCUGGUGAUGCAUAGGAUCGGUCUUCAGUUCGAGUUGCCAGCUGGGAUCGUGUACUCGUUGAAACAUCAGGAAAAUGUCACCGGCUAUAUCGCCUUGCCCCUCCAAUCUCUCCGCAGCACAUCUGUAUGGUGAGAGGAAAAUUUGUAUUCACGACAGCCAGUGUAUUUUCUUCAUUUGUCACUCAUCCGUCAAAUGCAUGCCAGGGAUUUUACUGGUAAUUUGCCAUAUCGUGUGAUAAUUUAAUGCGAAUUGUCUGAACUUUCGUAUGUUAUCUUGGGCUUCGUCCGAGUUAAUUCCGCUUCUUUCGGACUUGCAUAUGCUUCAUUACAUGAAAUAAAUCGGCUGAGCCGGUCGUGGCAUCAGGGCUGUGAUCAGCUGUGGCGACCGUGUGGGUGGUGGUGGUAUUGGUGGUGGUAGUGGUGGUGGUGGUGGUUGUGGUGGUGGUGGUGGUGGUGGUGCCCGUGGUGCCCGUGGUGCCCGUGGUGCCCGUGGUGGUGCGCGUGAUGGUCAGUGCAGUGAGGAUUGGUGGAGGAAUAGCGAUGGAAGCGUUUUUGAAAGCAGGAAAUGGAGUUGUCGUUUUCGUGUUCCAUUGGGUCCGGAUAUAUCCGAGGAGGCGGAACCGUGCACCCGUAGGUUUGUCCACAUCAUGGGCAGGCUGGUCGGGGGGGGUUAUUUUGUGGGCGCUUGAGACUUGUUGGUAGUUCUUAUGUCCUUGGCGGCGCUGAUUCGGUUAUCUUCGUAGACUGCUCCUUCAGGCUUCUCUGUUAUUCCCCUGUAAGCCACUUCGUGGUCGAUUUUGGUGUUGCACCAUACUGAUGCGAGGGCCGCGUGUGCAUGGCAACUGUUCAUCCCGAAUUUUGAGCAGCCUGAUUUGAAGACACUCGUGGAGUAUUGCAUAUCCAUCUCUGUCGCGUUGUUGAACGUGAAAUCGCCUGUGAAUAGCAGAUGGUGGGCAGUAGUCGUGGAGAGAAUGAGAGGCUGGCCGUCGAUCCUGUGAACCAAGACACUGCUAACAGGUUCAAUAGUUGAAGGCAGGCACCAAACAUUGAACACUGAACAUUCCACCGUAAAUCAGAGCAGGACUUUUGUGGACGCAGCUACACGCCGACAUACCUAUGGAAUUAAAACGUAAUGGAGCCGCCUGGAAAUAAGAUUACAUAAAGACGGUUCUGUGUCAGGCCGAGCUGUCUGGGCCCACAUCGAGGAGAUGCAAUAUCGUCUGUGGUUUGGACUUAACAUCGCCAGCCUAAAACCAGCACGGGAAACCUUCCUGUUCCGCAUGACAUAACUGUAGCCCGUGAAGCAGCCAAACUGUUGACAAGCCAGAUGGAACUGGUUCACAGCAGCCAAUUCUCUCAGCGCGGUGGCUUAGUGGUUAUGGACGUUCGACUUCCAGUUAACAGGUUGCGGUAUCGAGUCCCAGGUGUUCCACAC